CUAGGUAUUGGUUUUGGAAUACAGCCUGGAUAUUGAAGAAAGUGUAUCACAGGAGUUGCUUGACAUUCGUCAAUUCCUACGAUUGCUUUAGUAUUCUCAAAUAGAAUACACAUCAGCAUACUCGUUAUAACUACGCAAUACAGGAGAUCGUCUCCGAGGAACUGAGGAGUAUAAUUAAUAAAACGAACCAUACGAGUAUUAUCGUAAUUAUAAUCUUGUAAUGCUGAUGUCAGAGCAAUGAAGAAGUUGAAUAAGAAGGUGGAAAACUCGUCGAACGACCAAAAUAAAAAUAUGUCGGAUGGACAGGUCACGAAUGGCGAUACCUCACCCACUCGCAUCUGUAGAGAUUUUCUACGAAAUGUUUGCCACAGAGGGAAACGUUGCAAAUAUCUUCACGAACGUUCGGACGAUGAUCCGGUCGAGGGUUACACAUUUUGUCAUGACUUUCAAAAUGGCAUGUGCAAUUGGCCGGGUUGUAAAUUUUUACAUUGUACGGAGAACGAAGAGAAACGUUUUCGUGCGACGGGAGAGUUACCGGCUCAUGUUUUAAAUAGGUUGAAAAAUAAUAGUGAAAAGUCCGAGUAUCCUCUUUGCAAAGAUUUUAUUAAAGGUACUUGCCAAAGGACACAGUGUAAAUACAGACACGUGAAGAAGGAAGAACCACAACAUAGUUUGACCCAAACGUCGCAUAACAGUGCGUCAAGACCUCCUCAUAAUUUCAAUAGUCCUAGCAAUAACGAAAGUCGUAGAUAUGAGGAGGACAGAAAUUUCCAUUGGCCGAUGGAGGAACAACACAAUUUAGUCGCAAGCAAUGGCUAUAAUACGUCUCAGCAUCCAACAGAUUACAUAGGACCACCGGAGCCAAAGCGACGAAUAGUUUCCGGUGAGACGGUCGUCCACUUCGAAACUUCGCAAAUCGUUGGUCAACAUACCGCACAGCCGGUUACACCAGGCUAUUAUUAUCCAGUAAUACCUCGUAAUGAAGCUAGGGCUAUUGUUUUAGAGGAUGAAAAUGCAUUAUUACGAAAGAAGAUAGAGGAACUAAAGAAACAGGUCAGCGAUUUGACCGCAACCAAUGAGUUUUUGCUGGAUCAAAAUGCUCAAUUGAGAAUGUCAGGAAAGCGAACUGCAAAUGUGACUGCUGUGACAGUCCCAGCGGUUACAAUUACAAACACCGUUCCACCGUCUCAAGCUCCUACUCCACAACAAAUGGUCAAUGCCGCUGUAGCAGCUGGUACGUUACGUACGGUUACAGCGAGUGUAGCCACUGUUCCAGUAAGCAUAGCUACGGUCGCACCCGUAUCUAUUGCUGCGGUGUCCAUGGCUCCUGUCUCGAUUCCACCACCUAUCGUGACCAUGGCACAGCAGACUAUCACGAUGAGUGGUUCAGGUCCACAAGCGACAAAUCAACAACCACCUAAUACGCAACAACCUGCCAGUUUACCUCUUUCAAUAUCAGGUGCAACCGCACCUUUGGUUUCCUAUCCUAUCAUGACUCAAGAACUUAGGCCUGUUUUGCAGUAAUGCAUCGACCGGAGAAAGCUUUUCGGUUUACUAGGUGAGUCAAGGAAUAAAUAGUUGCUUUCUGUAUUUGUGACUUUGGGGCUUGAACUUUGACCGAAUAUCUUUAUAAUAAUACCUCGUAAAGAAAUGGUGAAAAUGCAGAAAGUAACAAACGUAUGUGUGUACCUAGCCGAAAUGCGUCUGUGUACAUCUAAAGGAUGACUUUAAUGAAUACCAAAAAAUAUUGAUGGAACUGCUGUUCUCAUUAUAUUGGAAAAUUUAUAUAAUUUAUUAUGCAGGGUAAACGUAAAAACGCGACUUUUAUAGCAGUACAGUUUCCAUGCACUCCUUUAAGAUGUUCAUACAUCUUCACACGAUUUGUAUAUAUUGCUUCCUUCUGUGGUUCUAAUUUCUCUCGAAUAUCGCAUUUUUACUUAUCUCUUUAAAAAUUUACUCUGCAAAGUAAUGAAAAAUGAGGAUCGUAUGAAUGUAAUCAGUAUAAUGUGUGAUUGAAAUAUAAAUUGUUUCCGAUUUAUUAAUACAUACGUAAUUGAAUAUGUAGAGGUUGAUAAAGAAACAACAAAUCACUGACUUUGUUUUAUAUGAUAAACAUCACAAAAAAAAUAUCAAUAUAUGCGUAUAGUCAUUUGCAAAAUAGCUAAGCGAAUCUGUGAGAAAAAUUGUAAAGUAAGAAAUAUGUAAGAAGGAACUCAUUUAGAUUAUUAAAUUAAUGUAAGUACAAAAUAGAAUGAAAUAUAUUAGGUCACAGUGAAGACUCGUCACUGAAUUAAGGUAGUAGCGAACCCUGUAACUGUUUUCUGUAUGCAAGGCUGUAAAUAUUUUGUUGCUUCAUUGUUUUCCAAGAAAAUGUUUAUACUCCCAUUUUCAAUAAAUAAGUCGACUAUUCUUAUAAAAUAGCAAUAUUUUAAUAAAUUAAAUACACAUCAAG